AUGCCGCUGUUGUUUGCCGAGAAUUGGGCUACAAGUUCUUUUCAAGAAGAUCCCUUUGGUUUCCAACUCUAUUUCUCUUUUUUUUUUUUCUUUCACCCUCUAUUUUCCUUUUUUUCUUUCUCUGUCUCUUUUCUCAUUUUUAAUGUUCUUUUUUUCUUUUUAUUUUCUUUACUCCAACUCUCUCUGUCACUAAAUUUCACUACAUCUUUGGUUACCUUCCAUUUUUCUUUCAUUCUUUUACUAUCACCUCAAAAAUUUUCUCUUCUCCCUCUAUCUUUCCUUAUUGCUGUCCUAAUUUUUCUCUUUCUUUCCUUUAUUUCUAUCUAUCCCUAUCUCUCUAAAUUUCUCUUUUCAUUCUGUUUCUUCCUCUCCCUCUCUAUUUCUUAUUCUAUGCCUUUCUCUUUUGUUCAUCUCUAUUCCUUGUUCUUUCUUGGACAUUUCCAAUUUCCCUUCAUCAUUAUUCUUUCUUUUUUUUUCUUUUUUUAUGUCUGCUUUUUUUUCCUUUUUUUCUUUCUCCCAACUAUUUUUUUUAUCUAUCUUUUUUUCUUUUCUCUUUCCAUCUACUUCUCUUUCUGUCUCUCCUUCUCUCUUUCUUUAACCAACUUCUUUUUCUUUUCUUUUUCUUUAUCUCUACUUCUCUAUCUUACUCUCUCUUGUCUUCUUUCUUUUCCACCUAUCUUUUUCGUCCUCUUUUUCUCUUCUUUCACUUUACCUUUUCAAUUUCUCUCUCUCCCUCCUUUUGCUUCUCCUUUUUUUUGCUCUGUCUUUCUCUCGUCCCCACCCCCAUACCCAAAAAACUUUUUUGCUUGUUUGCAUAAAAAAUGA